GAAUGAAUGCGCCAUGAACGUGCAUCUAAAAAUACAAAGCAAUGUGUAAUCAGUCAGCGACCGACGAAUCAGUUUUUAUUUAAUCGAGUAAUUGAGAAAAAAAACAAAAGGAAACGCGCAAACACACUCCAUUCCCACAUUAAUCCUUAUCGACUCGCCUCCGUGAUAACGAAAAACAAUUUCAUCAAGUAUUGAGAAAAAGCAGAAAAAAUGAAAACGAAUAAACAAAAAUACUGACUGAAUAGAAAUCGACACCGUACUCAGAAACUCAUUGUGCCCGCUGAUGUUUUUUCUCUCUGUCUCUCUCGUCUUCAUUCCUUUGCUUUUAUGAUGGUGAUUUGAAUAAUCAUGGAAAUUCUUUGUCGCAUUUCUUCAUAAAUGAAUAAAAAAAUAACACAAAUGAUUACGAUUCUAAGAAUCGGCCCAGAAUAGCGCGGUAAGCAAUCAAGAAAAUGAGGGCGAGCGUAGAAUCUUGCCUGUGGAAUUAUUAUGACAAUAUUUAUAUCCUCUAUCUGGCUAUAACCACAAAAGCUAAAUGCCGUGUAUUUCCUCAUGCAAUUCACUUCUAAUGAUAAUUAAAUCCAGCUUUACUAUGUCGAUCUCUAUGGAAACUGCGUCAUUCUACUGAUAAUCAAUUCCCAUUCGUCAAAUGUUGAAUCGGUUUAACGGGCUAUUCAUAUGUUCAUUUUUGCAUUUGGGUUUUUUUUUUCUCAUUGGUUUGCGGCUAAAAAUAGCCGCUUCGAUUUCGCGCAAUUGAUAAAAAUAGCAAGUUGUUUCGUUGCAACGACACAGAAAAAAGUAUAAAUUGUAAGUGCCUUCUCAUAGAUGUAGGUUAUGUUCAUUGUCAUGGACAGAGUUGCGACCGUGCCCAAGGUGGUUUGAAUUUCAUUACUGAUUAUAUUUUCGUUUUCUUCGCAUAAAUAUAAAAUCAGACGAAAACCUGUCGAACCCAAGAUCCACACAUGAAGUGUGAUUCGAUUCGUACACGUCAUUCGUUCCAAUCGAAUAGACGGAAAGAAAAGACGAAGAAGAAGCUCACAGAACAAUCGACGAAAAUGCAAAUAAGCUGGGACAAAAAGGACGAUCGAAAGGUGAAACCAGACAUCGAGCUUAUAAUUUCGAAAUUAAGACAUCGCAAUACAAUAAGCCGAAUCCAAAUUGAUUAACGACACGAAAUUGCACGAGCUUGAUUUAAUUACAAAUCAUUAUUGCAACAGAAAAAAAUUUUUAUGACACAAUCAAUUCUUUUUUGUUGGAAAUAAUUGCGAUUUUAUCACGGGAAAAUGGCUCAUCAUUUGCUACUUAAAAUAAAAAAAAAUUGAGUAAAUGCGAGCCACCAAAUCGCAAAAAUUUGCCGUAAUUCUACGAAAUUCGUUAUUGGAUGCUGCCUGCUAUAUGAUGAUGAUUACACGGCUUGUUAUUUUAACCGAGCGGCGUGUGUAUGGGUUCGCCCGAAAAAGAUCGUUGCACGCGCAAAACAAAAACAAGCAUAGCCGAACUCAUCUUGACUUGGAAAGGUCGGUAUUCUCUAAAAAUAUACGUAUGUGCUGUGCACGGCACAAGGCACAGCAGCAGAAAGAGCGGUGCAGAGAGCACGGAGAGUGCGGCAGCAGCAGCAGCUAACAACAGCGACAGCGACAACGACGAUGACGAUAAAUUCCAAAUCGAGUGUGUUAUUGUUUGCUUUUUGCCGGCCUUAGUGCGCGACUGUGUGUGAGAGAGCGAGAUACAGAAGGCGAGCGAGUUCAGUUGGAUGCGUGUAGCAGUGUGCAUCGCAUAUUGCCUUACACGUGGAGGCGAUUCAUCGGUUUUUGACACCGAAUCGUGCUGUAGAACAUUCGACAAACGGCAGCAACAGCAGCGACGACAACGACGACGGCGACAGCGGCAGCAGCAGUAGCACCACAACAUUCGCGCACAUACACAUCGGCAUAUCGUCAUGAGUCGGCAAACGCCUGUUAUACUUACGCUGCAAAAUAUGUUCAUAUGUCGUAUGCGCUUUCGCUCAAUCGCUGUGUGUAUAUGACUGUGCUGCUAUACUAUGCCACUUGAUAGCUGUAUAUAUAUUACUUAUUAUCAGCACAAAAAUAUCCAUCGAGUCGAGCUUGUUUGUUUGGGUUCUACAUCGCAUUAAACGACACCGACAAUGACGACGAGGACGACGACUGCGGCGGAUGAGCAACAAAUCGACUCUAUUACAUGAUCUACUCCAUGUUAUCUAACAAUGAAAACGCAAGUUUUUUUUACAUAUUGUGACUAUGUGAUAUUUAUUUUCUCGGCAAUUAUAAAAUCACAUACAUUUCUAUCUUAAUGCGAUACUCGUGCCGAACUGCCAAUGUGUGUGGCUGGGUCAUCAUUGUUAUUGUGUUGUUUUUUUUUUCCACACUCUCAUUCAAUUUAAUUGAACAGUUUCUACAUAUUAAUUUGUUUAGCUGCCAAGCAACACCCUUGAUGGUGUGUGUGUGUGUUUAUUGCGGUUUUACACGAAGAAAAAACCAGAUGUGUGUGAUUCGACAAACGUGAAACGCGGUAAACGAGAUAGAGAGAGAGAACGAUAACGAAGAUUGUUUUUUUUUUCUGUCAGUUUGCUCGCAUGCUUGCUUCGCGAGGCGAUUCAUCAGUUUUUUUUCUUCUCUCACUCGUUUCACACCGUGUUCAGUCGGUAUGAAUAUAUAUUUUGUUUAUUCUAAGAAAGAAAAAAAAAAGAAUAACAGAAUUCACAUUUUUUUUCCUCACUUUUAUGACUUCGGUUGUUAUUAUCGUGAGUUCUCAUUUCACGGAGAUUCUCUGCGCAAUUUAGUUUUAUCUGUUUAUUAAUUUUUUAUCGAAAUGAUAUCGCGCGGUAGCAUUGAAUUGUCGUGUUUUUUGUUGUUGUUGGAAAUAACCAUUUUUGAAAUGAGUGUUUUUUCAGUUUGGCUAUUACAUGCAUCAUAAAAUCAUUGCGCUUUAUUGAAAACCCAUUUCCAACUGCAUACACGCGACACUCGUCGUUGAUUGUGUGUACCUUUUUUCGCAUUGAUUAUGUAAAUAGGCUCAAUUAUGCUCUUUGUACAGUGUUUAGCCUUUUUAUUGUCCAACCCAUAAAAAACUACAGAAAUAAUAAUGCGUGCGGAUCGACUGUAAAACUCAUGACCUACGUCAAGUUUCUUCUAUUAAUUUUAAAAUCCAAAAUGUGAAACGAAUAUCACAAAUGAAAAUGAGGCUUCAACGGACGAUUCGACGUGUGAUUCGUUCUUCUUUUUCUUCUGGUAUUUAAGGUUCGCCUUGUUUCUUCUGUUUUAUGGUCUUUGGUUACACGUGCAUCGCGUAUUGUAUAUAUAUAAAUGGAUGCGUUGCAUUCGAAAACGAUGUACAAGCAACGGUUCUUCGUGAGCCUCCUACUCAAGUGUGUGUUCAUUGACCCCUAGGAGAAAAAGAUCAUUAAAAUUUUCGGCAGUUUCUCUGCUUCUUCUCUAUUGUGCGUUCCGUUCGAUAGCUAUCGUUGAUGCGUCGUUGCAUCGCAUUGUGAGAAAGAAGAAACAAACAAAAAUCCGGAGAUUUCUAUUGUGAUUCUCUUGAAUGCAGUGAACCGUUCGAAUAAUAUGUUCUAUUCGAUGUUUUUUGUUGAAUGUUCUAUGCCAAAAGGGAAUGAAUAUGAUUUUGCGACAUUUUAAUAGCGCACCACAUGUGUGUGAUGGCAAAAAAUACGGCAAAGAUAAAAUCAAAUUACGAAUUCGUCAUCGUUUUGCACAACAUUUCUCUUGCAUGACACGCGUACAUGGAGUCGCAAACAUGUGAUAAAUUAUUAUGAUAUCAUUGUAUUAAAAAUAAACAAAAAAUAUUGAUAGCUCUCGCUGCGGGUUGUUUAGUAUUGAGCAUGUCUGUUUUUUUUUUUAAUAUGAAUUUUCGAAAUAGCGAUUGACUCAUAAAUUGGCCGAUUGGCACAAACAAAAACUUAAAAGACUCGAACCAUCGAGUCACAUUGUUCCAGCGAAAAUGAGCUGAGAUGUUUUUUUUUCAUCUGUCAGAUGGUUCAAUUAUAAUGAGUUGGGUUGUUUGCAUCAUUUUCAAUGGAACUGUGAGGUUCGGUGGAAAAAUCGGCCAGAGGACGAAUCAUUCGAACCGGGUGAGUUACCAAAUGUCAGCGUUAAUCAACAUACACUGUACAAAAACAAUGCCGAAAAGCAACGCUAACAAGCCAAACGGGUUUUCUAUUUCAAUUUCUAGUUUCAUACUAUCAAUUCGAGACAAGUUUCAGUUUGCUUGAUGGAUUGAGAGCACAUAUGUACGAAUGUGUUUAUUAAAUUGAGCUGAUGCAUCAUUGCUUUGAGGAAAGAGAAACAAUGAACACGAGCGCGCGCACGACCAAUAUCAAUAUUAUUCCGUUGAUGGUUACAACAAGCGGCUCGAAUGACCGAUCACAAAAGUAGUCGAAUGCAAACGACUCAUUGGAAAUGCGUACAGCGAACGAAACGAAUAACUAUUGGGUGAUUCAACUGCAUCAAACACAGAAAAAAAGCAAUUUGAUAGCGAAUGGCUACAUUUCUCCAGGCCUUACGACAACCGAAAAAAAAACACACACACACACACAAUACGAAUGCAAACGCACCGUUUUUAUUCUGCGUAUUAAGAAGAGCGGAGUGUGAGACUCCGCUUGUGCAGCGAACCAUAGGGAUAGUGAGAGAGCGAAGUGAAUAACGAACAUUAGACAAAGCAAUAGAAACUCCGAAAAUUGUGUGGAUAAAGAAAUAACGUUGAAUACAUUAUGGCUUCGAGCGCAGUGACGAGGAGGACCAUAGCAGUCGUUAUAUGUUGUGCGCUGCACACGCACAAUACGCACAUAUUUCGGGUAUUUGAAUACGCUCUGGAUAUACUCGAUAUUAUUUCGGGAGAACGGGAAUGUGCCUGCCUGCCCGUGUUAUUUGUACAAUAUUUCGAUGUCUUUCUCUCACUAAAUCGAUGUCAUGCGUUCAUUGCCUUUUCACUUCAACGCUGUUGUGUUGCGUAUUUUUCGGCAUUAGAAUUGUUGUUGCUUCUUCUUCUUUUCGCUCAGCCUGUACCCAAUUUUUCGGGAAUCAAAGCGAGGAAAGUGCGUGAACACACACACACACACUUGGUUACUAUUUGUAACAUGCGUACAUAGGCACACUCAGAAUUCUUCCGUUUCUACUCACUCACACUCUCUCUGUAUGUAUGUUUUCUGAAUGUUGCUGUUGUUGUUUCGGGUGGCGAUACGAUGCGUUCCAAACCGUGUUCUAUGUAUAAUAUUUUAUGGAAAUGUGCGUUUCAAAAAAUGGGAGCAUUAAAUAUAUAAACGCAUAAUCGGUGAGAGUGUGCGGCCGCAGGCAGGCACAUUGAUACAGGAAUUGAGAGUGUUCAAAACAUUGCACACGAUUUUGAAACAAACAGUUGAUAUUGAACUUGCAACGAGACAAGACCGACUAUCGUGCAUCAUCUUCUCCAACACAACAAAUCACAAUCAGCUUUAUUUUUUUUUCUAACUGUGAAAUUAUAGACACUUUUUAGUGGACACAAGAAACAACAAAAACAACAAAAGCAAAGAACGAAAAACCCACCGAAAACGCAUUCACGAUUAUGUGAGGCAACGUCAAUAUAUAGUACAAAUCUACAACACAACUGAAACUUAGUACAACAACACAUAAUGUUAAUUAUUUGAUAUUUUGAUGAAAUUUGUUUUUCUACGGCCAUCGUUGUAUUUUUUUUCUUCAUAAAGUGUAACUAAUAACUCAAUGAAUUCUGUUUACGUUUUGCUUCUUCUUUUUUUUACACGGUCGUGCAUUUAUUAAUCAAGUGUUAUUCAUUUUUGAUUGCGACGUGUGUUUGUGUGUGAUGUGUUUAUGAAUUAAAUGUGAAUUUUUCACGGAAGCAAAAAAAAUCGGACUGAAUUUUUAGUUCGCUCUUCACAAUUGAACAUUGACAAUACAAUGACAUAAAUCGAACUAUAUUUAUCCACGUUCGGAUAUUUACGGGUAUUUUUUACAAGAAAAAAAAAAAUAAAACAAAAGUUUUCCAAUCCAAAGACUGUUUGCGGAGUAUUUUUUACUAGUUUAAUUAGUGUAACGUGAAGUUUUUUUCUUCGGACAAAAAAACGACUUUUUUCAUAAAUAAAAAAAAAGUCACCCAAAAUUCAAUUAAAAUACGUCAAGGUUCCGUCAUUUUAUCAUUGAUAAUGAGUGCACGCAACAAGCAAAACUGGAUCAAAGACAUUCUAUCGAAAUCAGGAACUGAAAUAACCGCGAUAAAUGAGGAUAAAUCUGAAGGUGAAACGACAAAAAACGACAUGGUUUACUACACAUCAAUUCCAAUGAUGCCAACCGACCAUCAUUCGGUGAAUGGUGGUGAUUUGCGUCAACUAACGAAUCUAUCAAGCAAUAAUCAGAACGAAACACAAUUGUACAACAUAAGUAGUAGCAAUAUGACUGAUCCGAAACUGAUGGGCGAUUCGCCCAAAACCAUGAUCACACUCACAAAUGUAACGCGAGCAGCGCAACAACAACAGCAGCAGCAGCAGCAGCAACAUGCGACUCCAAUCUCAACCACAACGAAUGGCAAUUCUACGAAGCAACAAUUCAAAUGCGAGCAAUGCAAUAUGUUUUUCGGCAGCAAAAGUGCACACACCAGCCACAUGAAAUCGCAUGGAAAAACGAACGGGACUCGUGCAAAUGGAUCAAAUGGAACGUCGACCAAUCCAAGUGAGCCCCAUCAGUGUGAUGUGUGCAAGAAAACAUUCGCGGUGCCAGCACGAUUGGUUCGUCACUAUCGCACCCAUACCGGUGAGCGGCCGUUCGAAUGUGAAUUUUGCCACAAGAUGUUCAGUGUGAAGGAAAAUCUGCAAGUGCAUCGACGCAUUCAUACUAAAGAACGCCCGUACAAAUGCGACCGGUGCGGACGUGCAUUUGAGCACAGCGGCAAAUUGCAUCGUCACAUGCGUAUCCACACAGGAGAACGACCACAUAAAUGUUCCGUGUGCUCAAAGACAUUCAUCCAAUCAGGCCAACUCGUUAUCCACAUGCGAACACACACAGGUGAGAAACCGUACAAGUGUCCAGUUGAAGGAUGUGGCAAAGGAUUCACAUGCUCGAAACAAUUGAAAGUUCAUUCGCGUACACACACCGGCGAAAAGCCAUACCAUUGCGAUAUUUGCUUCAGAGAUUUUGGCUACAAUCACGUGUUGAAGUUGCAUCGAGUUCAACAUUAUGGCUCGAAGUGUUACAAGUGCACCAUUUGCGAUGAAACAUUCAAAAGUAAGAAAGAAAUGGAAGCACACAUCAAAGGUCAUGCCAAGGAUUUGCCCGAUGAUGAGCCAGCGGAGACAGCGACCGAAGCCGUUGCAAAAUCUGAACCGGUGAAGGUGGAACAAUUAGCACCAGCCAUGGAUGUAACGCAGACAAUAAGAGCUUCACCCACCUCAACCAUGCCAAUGCUUUCACCAUCGCCAAACAGUAACAUUAGUGCGUCAAAUAUGUCAGCGUUGCCAACGCCACGCGACUCGAGCUCAGACACACAUUCCGAUGGCGAUGAAAUGUCCUACUAUACCAACAUUUUCACACGCUUCGAUCAAAAAGCAUCAAACAACGAAUACAAAGUGCAAUCACACGGUGGUGGUGGAGUGAAUCCAGCCCUUUUGGCCGCUGUUUCUAUUGCUGCCUCACAAAAUGAAGCAGAUGAUUUGACAACGCUUCGCACCCACUUGCCAGUCUCGUCUGCGACGAGCUCAGCAACAAACGCAUUACUGGCGGCGGUGAACGAACAGGAAACAGCCAUUGAUCACAGCUUCAUCUAUGAACCACUCGCUGUUAUGCAUCAACAAGGCUAUUUCAAUCCAGCACCACGAGUCGGUGAAUUCAAAUCAUCGAUUCAUGCAUCAAAUGACAUUGUAAAGCGUGUUGAAGCCGCUUUGGCCAGUGCCGCCGAAUUGACGCCACCACGUUCGAGUCCCGAAUCACCAGAUCGUUCAUCAUCGCCGGACAGUGAUGUCGUAAUGGCCGAUCGUGAUGUGAUGAGCCUUCCGUUACGAAAGCGUAAAAACUACCCAAGAGAUGGUCAAGGUGCAGGUGGCCAAGGAGACGAUGGUCAACCGGCACAAAUUAUGCGCAUGAGUUCGGUUAUUCAAUUCGCAAAAGCAUCAUAAUCUUAUUGAGAUUACAUUUUGGAUUACAAUAAAAAUUAUCGGAAAAAUUCUAAUCGAUUUACAUAUUGAAAUGAAUCGCAUCAGUAAAUUUAACCAAAAUUUCGCCAUCGUUUGAAACUACGAUUGAACUGUAUUUAUUUAAAAAAACAAAGGAAAAAUUACUUUUCUCCACAUUUGAUAAAAUAUUUAAAGAAAAGAAUGAAACAUUUUUACUUUUUAUUGGUAGAGCGAAACAAGUCGAGGUUUUUUCUCGUAUCUUUUCUAAAUGAUCGAAAUGAAUCUUAUUUUUGAGAGAGCCAAUUAGUAGAAAAAAUAUCGGAAACAUUUUAUUAUCGUAGUGGAAUCUUUGUCUCUUUUCUUGAAAAAAAAUAAACCGAAGAUAAUCAAUCACAAGGAGCAAAAAAUUGGAAGAAAAAAACCUUUUUUUUUUAAUCCGAAGAAAAAGAUAGAAAAAUUGUGUUAUUUUUUUCGAUGAAACAAAGUAAGAGGAAAACAUUUCUAACAGAAACGAUAUUUUGAAGUAUGCAAAAUCCCACGUAAUUGAAAAAUUUGUAGCCAAUUAAGAAUGAAAUAAACACUCCCGAUUUGAAAGAAAAAGUAUUUUAUAGGCUUAUGGAAUAGAAUAGUGAAAAAAAAACGUUUUUUAUGAUAAAAAAAAGAAGAAGAAAAAAAAAUUGUGAAGACUGUCUCAGGAAAAUGGCCAGAAUAAUUAAAACGUAAUUUUUACAUUAAGCCGAAGUGAAGAAGAAA